CUGUGUUACACUUCAGUACACACUUUAGUUGUGUUUAUUAUUUUUCGGGAGGAAGGAAACUGUUUGACAAAAGUAUCCCACAAUUCAGUUUGAUGAUGUGGUACAUUGUUAGGGAAGCCAUUUUGUGUCUCUGGAUUUUAUCUUAUUAAAUAAGUGUCAGAAAUAACUAAGAGAAGUAGUUGAAAAGUUUUUGUUGGAUUUAAAAUAAGUAAAACAAAAGUUAUUCUUUAGGAUAAACCAGCUGACAUCAUUUCAUUGCUAAUAUUUUUGACUUGGGUUUGAGUCGCAGUUCGAAUUAAACAUGCCGUGCCGGAACUUGGAGGAGAGUGAUGCUUCCAUGCGGCAACGUCUGGUAAACAGCCUCAGUCAGAGUUUUCCUGGCAGUGCUCUCUCUAAAGCUCUACAAUGUAUGAACGAUGAUGAGGAUAUGAAAGAUCCAUUGAGCUCAAGUUGUUUUGCUGAGCUAAGGUUAGAUAAGGAGGUACCCGAUGAGGAUGAUGAACUUACAAGUCUGUCAUGGUUACAAGAUAGCAACUUGCUUAAAGACAUUAAUGCGGGUGAAGAUGAAGAUAUGAAAGAAAAUGGUGAUAUUAAACUUGAACCCGGCUAUGCUCAGACACACCCAUCACAUGUGCCAUAUAAUCCACAUAAACAUAUAAAUAGUAAACCGCCAUACUCAUUCAGUUGUUUAAUAUUCAUGGCUCUUGAAGAGUCACCAACAAAAAUGCUUCCAGUAAAAGACAUUUAUCAGUGGAUUUUGAAUCAUUUCCCAUACUUCCAGAAUGCUCCUACUGGGUGGAAAAAUUCUGUUCGUCAUAAUUUGUCGUUGAAUAAGUGCUUUAAGAAGGUGGACAAAGAUCGUGGCCAGGUGAGAUAUACAAUUGGGAAAGGUUCAUUAUGGUGUGUGGAUCCAGACUACAGACCGAACUUGCUACAGGCUCUCCGGAAAACCCCUUACCACCCGUACCAUCAACUUCAGAUGCUUGCCAACCCUCCGCCAUCACAGCAUAGUCAUUAUCCUUUAUAUGGAUUAAAGCCACAGCCAUUAGCACCAAGAAUUGGACCGAACUCAAUAUCACCUCAUUUGUUUCCCUUCCUGAGUAGAAGAUUAGGACAGUCUCAUUUAGACAUAGACAGUGAUAUAAAAGAUGUGGCACAAACCCUGGUAUCCCUGAAAAGUUGGAGUAAAGCCAAGGCUGACAAUGCUAAUUUUGCUCAGGGAUUAAAGAGAAAGCUAGGUGAAAUGAAUAGCCCAAAGAAAAUUCCACAAGGACCAGUUAUCUGUACAGAUAACCCUAGCGAAGACCAUACUUACAGUAUCACACGUGUUGAAGCCGACGAGGAUGAAUAUGUCCCAGGUUCACCCGGUUCUUCCAUCGAUGAUGAAUACGAUUUUGGUUCCGAUGAUGAUAUUGAUGAUUAUAGUGACGAUGAGUUGAAUAAUCGUGUUGAACGUCGGCAUAACGGUGAUAAUCUUGAUAGUGAAGGAGAAAGUGGGGUUGAUGAAGUUGAUGGAUGCAUAAGCAAUAAUAACAAUAAUAAUGUACGGACUCCGAAACGUGCCAGGUUGUUGGAACAUGCAAAACGUCAUCGAUUUGAGGAAACUAGUGAGGAAGAGAAGAAAAAGAUCGAAGAAGGAGCUGAUGCAUUAUUAAACUUAGCUGGAAUCUGUUUGUCGCGUCAACACACAUUUAAUCGGGCAAUGAUUACAGAAAAACUUGAUGGUACCAAAGACUAUCCUGAAGAUAUUGACGAUAGUAGUAAUUGUUCAUCAUCUAGUUAAUGAUGGAUAUAUGUGAUAAAUGGUUCAGUCUUUAAAACAGCUUAUUGCGACACAUGAGAUUCAGAUUCAACUGAAAUUAUUGUUAUAAAUUAGGGAAAAUUAUUGUUAUGAUUUAAAACUUUUUGUUGAUAGGGACAGAAAGCUCUUUGUAUGUUUGUUGAAAUGGCAUAUUUGUUGGGUAUAAAAUUUCUGAUGUUUUUUUGUGUAUAUAAAAUGUGUGUUAAGCCAAGGUGAUAAUAAGCAUAUCAGCUUACCAAGGUUAAUCUUGACUUAAAAAAAUGAGAUUUUUCUCGGUAAGACGGGAAAGAUGGAUAAUUAUUGAUGUGUAUAUAAGCCCAGAUUUGACAAGAUUAACUCUUGGUAAGUUGAUGGUGUUUGAUAAGUUAAGUGAAAGAGACACUUAUAAAAAAACAUUGCUUAAAUCUUCCAUUAUUUCUGUAUUGUUGGUGUAGGAUAGAAAUAUUUCAUGCUCUCGGUUGUUAUAGCAACCAGAAUAAUGUCUUCCUGGAUAAAUCAUGACCAGAUCUCAAUCUGUGAUGACAUUUAUGUCGCCAGGUAACGAUUAUCAGAUUUUGUUCAAACAAUCGUGAUUUUAAAUCGCGCACAAACAUCCUCAGAAAUGCAUGUAUGAUAUGUUAGUUUUUGUCUUUUUUUAAUGAAUUGAAUUUGUUAUUAUCAAUCGAUUUUAAAAUAAAUUUACUUUACAGAUAAUAUGUGAACCGGAAAGGAUAUCAAAAUGAUAUGAUUUUUUUUUUAUCGAUUUCUUUAGCAAAUUGUUAUAAUUUUAUAUCAAUAAGUUACUGUAUUUCUGAGGAUAUUUGUGGCAGUAACAGUUUAGCUCAUACAUGUGCCAAGCUUACAAUAUAUUGUGUAUCAUUGCUUUGUGUUAUUUUAAGGCCAUCAUUUGUACCCAUCUAUAGAUAAUCCCUUAUUAAGAGUUUUUUAGCAUUAUUUCAAGCAAAAAAAUUCAUGUAAAAUUUUGUAAUAUUUCUUUAACAAAACUAGUCAAUUGAGGCAAAAUGUUGACAGAAAUCUGUUUGUCUUAAGGUGCUUGUUAAAGAUAGAAAAACAAAACAAAAUUAAACAAACAAAAAAAUAAACAAAAUGUUAAUUUUAGAUUACAAAAAUGUGCAAUUUUCAUUUUACUGUUUUUAUGAGGGAUUUUUCCUGCCUUAUGUGUUCAAGAAUUGUUUUUAUGAUUGCCCCUAUUUUCGUUUAAUUUUUUCCCUUAGCUGUAGUUAAUUGUUUUCAAUUUAGUGUCCUUACACUAUUUCAUAGAGUGAUUUUAACGGCAGAAAAUUAAUCAAACAGGGUCCCCAAAUCAAGUGUUCAUUUGUUAACUGAUAUUGAAGUCUGAUAUUUUUUACUUUUUAAGUUGUCUUAUAUUGUAGACCAUUAGAUGAAAUUUAUUAUUUUAGAGGUGAAUAUUUUACAUCCACAUAUCCUAUCCCCUUAUAUUUGUUCAUGAACUGUUUGAAAGAAAAACAACAAAUUUUUAUGAAACUUUUCCAGAAUAGUAUUAUCCUCAUGGCUGUUUAUUGUUUUUAUAUUUUUAAAAGGGUCUCUCCUUUUAAUGCAUAUUUUGACAUUGUUGUUUUAAAUUCAACGUAGUUUGACCAUCGUAUUAUGAUUAUAAAAAGCUAGCAACUGUUUUACUAUAAUUGAUAUUGCUUAAUAAAUUCAUUUCAAUUAAAUAAUAGUAUUACACUUGUAUUGUUGAAAAAUUUUAAUGAACUUGAAGUUAAAGUUGACAGUAUUUACAGGAAAUUUUUAUGCUUUCGAUUGAAUAAGUUGGUGCAUUUUGUAUUACCUGUAAGUAAUCUGUCUGUUGACAACAUCCUCAUUCUAUUAGAUGGAGCUUUAAAUUUGUUCUUGGAAUAUAAAAGAUGUCAGAACAAAAGCAUUUUGUCAUGUUGAAAUAAUGACCUUUACCUCCUGGUCAUUUUUAAUGUUAAUUCUUUUGUUUGUUUAUGAACAGAUUUUGGACUACUUAAAGUGUUAAAGAAAUACUUCUUUUUCUUAUUAAUACAAUAUAUAUGUUUUAACUACUGCAAUUUAUAACCUACGUUAUGGGGAGAUGUUAUUAGUGCUAUAUUUGUUUUGCUCCAUUUUUUACAGGAUUCUAAUUUUAUGCAGAUUUUAACAAAUCAGUUGAUAUUUUCAAUGGAAUUUUUCAUGAAUUCAUUCCACUAUAUUUUAUCAUAGGAAAAUUUGAUUUUUGAAUGAAAAUAUUGUACAAGAAUGGCCAUAAAGGGAGACAACUCCAAAAGUGCUCAGGUGUGUCUGUUUUUGAUGUACUCAUUUUGUUCCAAUAUGUAAAUACUAAAAAGACAGUGGUUUUCAGUGCUGUUUUCAUUAUUUUACCAUUUGAUGUUUUUUUUUCAUGUCAAGGUUUAUAAAAGCAGCAAUACAAAGUUAUAAUAAAAAAAUGUGUAACUAUGGUGACGUUCAGUUGACUGGAUAUUAAAAUAUUAUGAUAGAAUUGCAUUAAAUGCAGGUAUUUUCAUAUAAUUUCAAAGUUAAAAUAUAGUAACUUUGUGCAAUUGAUAAAAUUUUAAUAAACUAAUGCCUUCUUUUCUAGUUUGAUUUUAGAAUAUGAAAUAUUUACAAGCUGCUUUUACAAAUUUGGGCAUUCAUUAUUUUCUUUUUAAGUUGAAUAUGCAUCGUAUUUUGUUAUGUUGCCAUUUUUGUUACAUGAAGAUCAAAUGAAAUACUUCAUAUCUCCAUGUUCCAUACAUUGUUCUGUUGUUGAUAAUUUGAACAUGUUUCAUUUGAACAUUUUCAUUGACUGUUGUUAUAUACCUUCUCAUCAUCAUCAUCAUCGGACAUUCAUUAUUGUUAUACUAAUUUUCAUCAUUCAAAACCAGGGUCAGGGAUUUUCAUUUUGUUUUGGUGUAUACAUUUCAUGCUAAAAGAUGUUGAAAAAUAAACUGCCAUUUCUCAUGACAACCAUUUUAGUUAAACAAUUGAGAAUUGAAAAUCUAUGUAAUGUAAGAUAUUUAAUUGUUUUAUUACAUAUUAAUAUAUUUGGUUUAAUUGAAUGAUCAAAACAUUUUAACAUUAAUUAUUGUCAAUAGAAUUUUCCAUUUCUCCUCAAUUUCAUAAAUAACAAUCAAUAAUAAUUGUGUUUAUAAAUUGUUGAAGAUUACGAAACAAAAUUUUUAUUAUACAAUUAUUAAUAAUACAAUUAUUAUACAAGUUGAACUCAACAUCAUUGUUUACAUAGAUUAGCCAAUAAAUUCAUCAAUCACUCCAUCCUCAUUAUACAGAUAAGGUAUUUUGUUCAUUGUCUUCCAUUAUUUCCUGUACAUAAAUGUUAUGUAGAAUUUAGUGAUUAAUUUUCAGCAUACAGCAGUCUGAACUGUGUAAAUCAUAUGCCUCAUGUGUUGUUGACAAUACACUGAAACUGUGACUUAGUCUCUCCAGUCUGCAUUAUUUACAUUUCCUUUGUAAUUGAGAAAAAAAAAUAUUGUCAAAAAAAUAAUUUCUAAAUUAUAUUCUUGAAGAUUAACCCCAGUGAUUUUUCAGAGCAAAGAAUUCUAAUACAUUGUAAUGCAAGUAAGCUUUGAUAAUUACAUGUGUAUGUUUUUGGUGUUAUAAGUCCAAUACAAGUUUGAAUAAUUUAAUGACACAUGUGAAUUAUAAUAUCAUGUAUUUGUUCUAAAUUUUGUAACAAAAAUAUUCACAUGAAUGAGAAGAGAAUAAAAACUAUGUUUAAUAUUUAAGGAUUUGACUGUUUGAUGCAGGGCUACUUCACUUUCAGAUGUUACAACACAUGUUGGCAACUCCAUACUUGUUUAACUAUUACUAAUACAUUAUAAAGAAAAAAGGUGCAAUAUGCAUUCUUGCUAAUUGAGAAUAAAUUGUGUUCAGAACUAUGCCAUCAAUAUGUUAUCUUCAUGUUCCUCCUCUAUUUUCACAGUUAAUUUACAUGUAGAUUUAUAAAUUUGUAUGCCAAAAUGCUGUGAGAAUCAAGUCAAAGUACACACACAAUCAAAAUUGAUCAAUUCUGAUAGUGUUAUACUAUCCUAGAUGACUGUGUACAGGUCGAAAGGUUACAACACAAGGAUGCAGUGCAUUUUAUUAAAAUGCAAGCUUAUUGCAAGAUUAUUUUAUUCCAAAUGAUUGUAACUUAUGACCUGUAAUGAAGGACAUUGUUUAUUUUCUAUUUUCCUUCUGAGGAUUUCUUCUGUGUUCCAUUGUGCAAUAAUGAUAACAUACUAUACAGAAAACUUGUACAAUAUUACAAUAAAUAACAUUACAACAGA